CUCUAUCUUUUUUCCAUUCUGUUGCCUGAAAAUCUUUUCCGAAACAUUUUACUGACCUUUAUUUCAAAAAUCCAUAUUUCUGUUUUGGUUUGUUUUCCUGCAGGCAGCAUCAUAAAAUCUUAAUCAAGUGAAAAUGGCCAUUAGCAAUCUGACAUCAAAGGCUGUACUACUGUAUGAUGAAUGGAUUAAAGAUGCCGAUCCAAGACUGGAAGGCUGGCCACUCAUGUCUUCCCCUUUUCCAACAACCUUUAUCAUUGGAACCUACAUUUAUUUUGUCACGUCCUUGGGACCCAAACUCAUGGAAAAUAAAAAACCUUUUGAACUUAGGCAGAUAAUGGCAUUUUAUAAUUUUAGUGUGGUAGCCCUCUCUUUAUAUAUGACUUAUGAAUUUCUUAUGUCAGGUUGGGCCACAGGGUACUCAUUCCGGUGCGAUAUUGUUGACUACUCGAGGUCACCUACAGCUCUAAGAAUGGUACGAACUUGUUGGCUUUACUACUUUUCCAAGUUCAUUGAAUUAUUAGACACUAUAUUUUUUGUGCUGCGUAAGAAAAACAACCAAGUUACAUUCCUGCAUGUCUUUCAUCAUUCCAUCAUGCCAUGGACCUGGUGGUUUGGAGUCAAAUUUGCUGCAGGUGGUUUAGGAACAUUUCAUGCUUUGCUGAACUGUAUUGUCCAUGUUGUCAUGUACACUUAUUAUGGAAUCUGUUCUUUGGGACCAGCCUAUCAUAAAUAUUUAUGGUGGAAAAAAUACAUGACAACUAUACAACUUGUCCAGUUUAUUAUGAUUACAGUCCAUAUAGGACAAAUCUACAUCAUGGAUGAUUGUCCGUACCAGUAUCCAAUUUUCAUGUUUAUUAUUUGGCUAUAUGGCUCUAUGUUUUUAGUCUUGUUCCUCCACUUCUGGUACCACGCUUACACAAAGGGACAAAGACUACCAAAGAUGGCAAGAAAUGGGAUCAGCAAAGAUCAGUGAAUAAAAUUCUUGUCUCUAAAACCAAAAAAUGUAUAUGUCAAAGUGAAAACUUGCACUACUUGACAAUCAAGAUAUUUAGGUGCACACACUACAUGAUGUACAUUUGGUAUGUUUUCUUCCAAAACAGAAUUUGUAUUUUUAGCAUAAGUUAUUUGAGAUUCAGAAUUUGGGGGAACAAGGAAGCAGCAUUGAUCAGUGAUUUAAAAAAAAAGGCAUUUUUUCAACAACUUGUUCAUGUCUGUUCUAUAAGAAGUCAAAGGAUAGAUGAUCUCUAGAAGAUGCAUGAAAAUAAAGAUACUCACUGGGAAAAUAUGUAUGAUGAGUAGUGAGUAGUCUGAACACCGAGGGGGGAAAAAAUUACUUCACCUUAAAUGUUGUAAGUUGCUGAGACUGUCAGUUGCAUUUUAUUGAAAGAAUGAAUCUUCAGUAAGUACUGUUUAUGGAAUCUAAAGCUUAUUAAUAUAGUUAAUACAGAAACAUUAUUACAUGUGUUUACAAACUAUAUUACUUUAAAGAAAGGAAUGUAUGUUAAUCUGUCAAGGUAUGGUGUUUCAUCAAAGAUCACAGAUUUUUGGAUAUACUUUUACUAAGAUAACUUCAUUUCAUGUUCUACUCACUUGAACAUUAUUCUAAAUGUCAGUAACCUACUGAUUUGGGGAUAAUCUUAACUCUCUUGUAGCAUAAUGAUCAAAAUGACUGUAGCCUAAUAUACUUAUUAUUCAAUGUAUCUAUGGUUAUAUUUUGUUAUUGGUAGCCUAGGCUGUUUAGGAAGGAAAAAAAAAAAAAUCUUGUAAUUUAAUAGUCAAAAUCUUAGUCCUCAGGUUUAAAAAAAAUAUUUUUUGAUUGAAGCCUAUAUGUCACCUAGCAUGAUUGUACUGUACUCUGUUUUCUUCUGUUUCCAUUAUCUACUGAAAUACAUGGCUAGAAAGAU